UCACUGGGUCCCGGCUGGCGGUUCCUGGCCGGCACUCGGUGAUCGUCGGGUAAAGCUGAUAUGGGAGAGACCUGUGUGUAAACAACACAGCAGAGAAAUAAAAAGCAGCAUGUCUCCAUAGUAAAACACACACAGCACAUAAUGUAAAACACAUGCAGUUAACCCUUUGAUCACCCCAGAUGUUAACCCCUUCCUGCCCAGUGUCAUUAGUACAGUGUCAGAGCUUUUUAUUAACACUGAUCACUGUGUUAGUGUCACUGGGGAUGUCAGUGGCAGUUAGUUCCCACCCAGUGUCAGAUAGUCCGCUGCAGUCCCACUAU